CCUAAAUCUAUACCGCACAUCGUCUCUCCACUUUCCUGACCAUCUCUGUGGCAACUACCUUCGCGAGGAACUCAACUUUUGGCGAAUCCCAGAGAGUCUGGUUAGCGAAUGCUGCUGGACAGUUUUUUUCAACGCCGAACAGGACAAUCAGAUAUUCCGAAACCUCAAGAAGACCUUUUCCUUCCUUGACAAGGACCCGCAACUGAAUGAAUCGGGAAAGAAUGGCAUGGAGCUUUGGAUGCACCGAAUAUGGCUCCUCUUGGACAAGCCUAACUCUUCUCGUGCAGCGAAGAUCUGGAGCACCUUCUACAUGUUCCUGGUGUUCAUCUCAGUAAGCCUGUUCUGCGCCCAGUCACAUCCAACAUUCCGUGUCGCCAGGACCGACAUCAGCCCCAACAUGCGCAACAUCACCAACCCCAAGAUCCGCAUGUACCACGAGACAAACAUGCGCCCCGAGCUGUACUGGUUGGACGUGGCCUGUGUGGUAGUCUUCACUAUUGAGAUUCUCCUAUAUCUCAUCUGUGUCCCCGACAAAGGAAGGUUCUACAAGAGCUUCACGAACGUCAUCAAUUUCAUCCUUGUUCUGGUAGCAUGGGCUGCUUUUGUUAUGGAGAUGACGAUGGGGGAUGAACUUUUGGAUGGGGAGGGUUACACUUACUGGACGUACGGGACACUGAAACUUCUUCUUGUUCUCAGAAUACUCCGGUUCUUUCGCCUGUCACAGCGUUAUUCGUCUCUGAACGUUAUCGUGCUUGCAAUCAAGGCAAGUCUUAACGAACUGGUUCUGAUGGUGAUGUCGUUCUUCUUGACUGCCACCAUCUACGGCUGCGUCAUCUACGUCGUGGAGAUUCACAGCAACUCCUUCCACGACAUCCCCGUUUCAAUAUGGUGGGCUAUCGUUACCAUGACAACAGUUGGAUACGGUGACUUUUACCCGUUGUCAGCUAUCGGACGCACUAUAGGGACUUUCUGUGCUAUAUGCGGUUUGGUAGUGUUGUCAAUGCCUAUUGCUAUCAUUGCAGCCAAUUUCAACAAUUUUCAGUCUCGAAACGAGGAACGACAGCAACGGCAGAGGGGGAUUCAAAACACUCCUCUAAAGAAGAUAGGGUGGAUGGCAAACGUCCCUGUGAUACACCAGUAUACGUCCAAUCCAAUGGAUCCCAACUCUUUGUCAACAAAGGCUAAGAUAAAAAUGAUUACAACGAAACCGCAGAAUCGGAACUAUUGAUGGACGGCAAGUGGACAAAAGCCCUGGUACGUUUUCUGUGACAACUGGCUGACAUGGUCUUUCCUAUCGUUCAUCCUUUGGAUACAGGGGAAUAAAGCUUGCCGUGGAAUACCCGACGGCAACUGUUUCCAAGACAACCGUUUCAGAAGCGACUGGGCAAACCUGCGCAAUGAUUUGCCUAAUACGGCUCUUUAUGUACUCCUCAAGUAAAAACUUCAUCCGGCGACUCUAUUCGCCCUUAGCAUGUACAACGAAACUGGAUGGCAGACGAACGAUUUAUCAUGACAUGGUACAACAUUUUUCAGUAUACAUGGGACGUCGACAGAAGAAACAGCUGUUCAUCUGCUGUCAUGCAUAAGAUAGAAACCUGAUAAUGUGUAAAUAUGACCAUUCUGACAAGUGGUUGUCUGAGGGAGAAUUUCUGCAAACAUUGAUGCUUAUGUCCAUUUCCCCGCUGUGAUAUUGUAAGGCUGUUGCUGAUAGCGGAGUAGGCCUCACUUACUCUUGCCGCUGAAACAUUGAAGUGAUAUUUAUUUGUUAACACCUUGAUAUUUUUUGAACGUUUUAUGAUGUAUUUUAGACAAAGGCUUGUAGAGAUUUGUGACAAAAAAUGGUGACUGUGUAUAGGUUGUGUACUUUCGUUGCCGUAACACCAAACAAAUCCUGCUCGCAUCGAGUGUAAUCUGUCCCGUGGACAAUAUGUACUUAUCCUAGAGAAACUGAAAUCUCCAGUUUACUCUUGACAUCCGUUACUUUGUGUCUCUGUCGCAGUCUUGUUGAAUUCGUAUGCAGCUUUUAUGUUUCAAUGAUUUUGUAAGGCCUAUCGAUCAGACUACACGAUUAUGCAUAAUUCAGACAAUGCGGUGCCACAAUAGCGCUAUUUGCAGACAACUGAAUAAUUUCCUACUUGCUUGACAUACGCCGUGAUCAAUAUACAAACAUUUCUUACCACAAUAUGCAGUUGACAUGGUUAAAAACAGCUACACGACAAAGAAAAAAACUACAAAAGAAAUCAAUACAAUAUUGUGAGAUUCACUUGACUAAUGGGAAAUGCUUAACAGUUUUGCCAUGAUAUUAGUCUGUAAAACCACGAACCAAGAAUACAGAUCCCCAUUCUCCUGUGAUAAAUAUCACUGACCACUGGCAUGCAAGCCCUUAUCUGUGUAGUCACUUUAGCGUAAAACAUGUUCCCAUAUAAAAUAUGAGAUAUGUGUUCUUGACUUCAUGACAUUUGCGUUUUUAACGGCAU